UAAAAAAAAUUAAACCAUGGAUGAACUUUUACACGAAUAUGUUUCAGAUGAGGAUUUACAGAAAUUUGAAAAAAAAUACUUUAGAGAAUCAGAGGAGCAAAAUGUCCAACACAACACGCAAUUUGAAUAUGCUUGGGCUUUAGUUCGAAGUCGUUACAACACAGAUAUCCAGAAGGGUAUAUUGUUAUUAGAAGACUUAGCAACAAGACAUUCAGAUGGUACACGGGAUUAUAUCUAUUAUCUGGCUAUAGGAAACGUUAGACUUAAGCAGUAUAAUAUGGCCUUAAAAUACUGUCAAUCGUUUCUUGACAUCGAACCUAAUAAUCAACAAGUUUUAACUCUUCAGCAACACGUUAAAGAUCAAUUAAAAAAUGAGACAGUAAAAGGUAUAACUAUAGCUGGAGGGGCUGUUUUAGCUCUGGGUGGCUUAGUAGGACUUGGAUUUGCACUAGCAAAAAAGUAGCUAUGUAUUUUCUUUGAUUUAUUUAAUAUAAUUUCUUAUUAUCUAUCAAAGCGAAAAGCAGAAAAUGAAGCGAAAAUUGACAAAAACAGAGAGGAAAUUUAAGCAACAAAUUUGUGACGGAUACGAUGUUAUUACGAUGAAUAUUUGUUUUCUAUUGUACAUAUACUAAAAAAUUUAUGUGCGUCCGAAUUUCGACAAAACUAAUAUGAAAACUUUAAUCCCUUAUACAUAAGUAAAUAUAUCCGUUAGCUGUUUCAUAUAUGUGUUAUAUAAUAAGAAAACAAACUAUAAGAGUAUGUACAUACAAUAUAUUGUUUACAUUACGUUUAUUAUUCAGUAAAACGAAAUCUGUCAACAAGAACUUAAAUAUCUUAAAAACUUAACUUGUCAUUACAUUGUGUUCAUCUUCAUCUCGAUACAUUCCAAGCACUAGCAAGAAAAUUCCAAGAAAAAAUCGUUUGGUUUUACUAGAUUUGGUUUUACUGAAAUUAAGUUUUAUGGUACUGACUUUUUUUGUGUCGUUUGCCUUGUUUACAUUGUAUAUACAUUAUUAGAGUUACACCAAAAAAUUUAUGUAAAAACUGAAUUUGUAAUAAUUUAGGUUAUAAAUACAAAUUCCAGGUUAUAAAUAUUUAUAAAGGAUAUACUUAAA